ACGUAUUUUUAUGAUAAGAUAAGGCAAAGAUUGAGACAUGUUCAACGAAAAAAUCUAAACAGCAAUAAAAAAUGUUUGGUUUCCAAUCGUUGCUCCAAAUUAUAACAUAUCGAUAACCAUGUAAGCAAAGAAAAACAAAAAUGUUGAAGUUUUUACUCCUUCUGGUUAUUUUUGAUCAGGCAGUGUGUUCGGUUGAAGUCGAAGUUUUGGAGCACUUGAAAACCUUGCAAGACCAAAUCGACCAACCUAUCAGCGCCUGCCUCAAAAAAUUGACCACGCAGUUCGAAAUGAUGGCAGCAAACUUCACAAAUUAUCAGUCUGAGACUUCGGAAAUAAUCGACUCACAUACUCAGUCAAUCUCUAGUCAUUUAGAUUCAAUUAGGGGCAUUUUUACCGAUUUUGGCAUCGACAUAAUUCCUUGUGAAGAGAUUAUCCAAGACGACAUCGAUCAAAUCUUUAGAUCAAGCAGCGAAGAAGUGACAAGAGUGUUAUUAUUUGGAUUCCUCACAGGUCGUCGUGUGGUUUCGGACGCGAAAAACAUGUUCACACUCGUGCAAAAUAAAACAGUCGAGAUUAGGCUGUCCGUCGAAGACUGCAUGUCGAUGCUUAGUUCGGACGGCUGUUUGAUCGAAGUCCUGUCCCGGAUUAUCCUCCUGCAGUACACGCUACCGGAAAUGAUCGAAAGUGUGGUUGAAUUACACGAGGAGCAAAUGCUCCUGAUUGAGGAGGAUGUGAUUUCCGGUUUGGAAAAAAUUAUUUAUAGAGUAACGAACAGUUACAGGGACGUUAUGAACGAUUUUGUUGUUUGUACGCUAAAGUAUUUGUAAAUAUAUGGAAGGUUGUUCCUCCGGAGUGGGAAAUACCGCAAAAACGAGAAUUUUGAUUUAAUUAGUUUCGCUGAAAACAUCUUCGGAGAAAGGAUUGUUAUGGGGGAGUGACGUCAUUUCAAAAUUGUGCCAAGCGCGCAAUAUUGUUGACAUGCUAUCGACCAGAGAGCGCUGCGGUGUAAAAAAUACUCAAAAAAUGUUUUGAAAUUACUAAAGUUAAGUAGGAAUUUUAUUUUGAUUUAUUCAUUGUCUUUGAGACUGUAAACUGUGAACAAUAAAGAGAACAUUAAUGAA